AUGAACGACAGUGACAGCGAAUAUGAGAUCUCGAGACUGGCCGAGCUCGAUGAAGAGGCUUCCAACGAAGAGGAAGAAGACAAGGAGAACGAGCUUCCAGUCGUCAUGCCGAGAGUGAUGAUUGUUGAUGAGAGGCAGAAUCAGCGUCGUCGCUCGAGGUUCGAACGCGACUUCCAAUGCACGGACAUCAGAGCACGUGCAUCUCCAUCACCAUCGCGCUCUUCCACCUCGACAGCCAUCAAUCUCUCACCAUCGCGCAACAUGAGCCAGUCAAGAGAGAUGUCUCAGAACGGCGGUGCUCCCAACGACAAUGGUGUUGGGCCACACCCCUCCUUCAUCCAGGUCGCCAAUCCAUACAUCUUCCAGCAACAGUUGCAGAACUCUUUGAAUGCUCUUGGCGCAACUGAACACAAGGAAGACAGCAUCCGUCUCCAGGGCGUCCACUACAUCGACAGUGUUAGAAAGGCUUUGCAGCUGNNCCCAUUCGCACUUUCAACACUGCUGUCGUCUACUAUCACAAGUUCCGCCUGGUCCAUGCCGACAACGAAUACAUGUGGGCUGNAUGCUGCCGCUGCCGCGCUAUUCACUGCUUGCAAGAUCGAGGACACUCUCAAGAAGUCCCGCGAAGUUCUUUGCGCCGCCUGGAAUCUGAAGCUUCCAUCAUCGGAGCACUUGAGUCCUGAUGACNCCGGUAAGUCUGUGUCCGAUUGGACUGCCGGACUCAAUGCUCAUGAAAGUCAGGUUUUUGAACAGCCAUCCAAGACUGUGGUUGGCAUCGAGCGUCUCAUGCUCGAGUCUGCAGGCUUCGACUUCAGAACCAGACACCCCCAGGAAACCGUCGUCAAGAUUAUCAGAGACUCGGGAUGGCCCAAGGACACACUGGGCAGAACCGCCUACAACAUGUCUAUUGACAUUUACCGCACCUUUGCACCUCUGAAGCAGACCUCCCAGACCAUGGCAAUCGCUUGUGUUGAGUUGACUGCACGCCUCUUGAACCUGACCACAGACUUCAACAUGGAAGCCGUUGUGGGUCCUGAGGGUAUCAGCCUCGAGAAAUGGUCCACCACCCGUGGCGAAAUCAUGGAGACCAUGCUGGACCUACUCGAUCUCUUCACCCAUCACCGCCACGCCACCAUUGUCGGUAACCAAUUCUCAAUCGACAAUUACAUCGCCAUCCGCAUUACUCUGAACAAGGAGGCCACCGCUGCCAACCUCCCUCGCUACACCGAGACCAUCGAUGUACCCAAAUCGGUGCUCAACGGCGCAGCCAAUGGUGCUUCUAAGCACUCACCAGUGUCCCCAGCUCUCCCUGGCGCCUCCAACCAAAGCCCCAACUCCCCUCCUGCGAUGGGCCCCACCUCCGCCACGGGUGCGCGCAGCAGAGUCGGCGAGCGCGGCAAGGACGGCACCGUCCGUUUCAUGCUCUCCGCCGAGCGCGCCCGUGGCGAGAAGGAGACGGUGGCAAAGUACUUUGCCGCCGACGAGUACGAGACCUACGAGGAGGAGGUCGAUGUCCCUCUCGGCCAGUAG